AAAUCAUUUGGAAUUAUUUCACCUGCGAAAUCAAUAGAUUUAAAGAAAUCGACAUAUAAAAGCCAAGUUGUACGCACCAUCAUCAACAGUCUCACCACAGCUUUACACCUUCGAAGAUAUUCUCAGUUGGGAUCAUCAUGUUUAAAUUCAUCGUGCUCAUCGCUUCUGUUGCAACCAUACUUGCGUUACCUCUACAUGAUGUCCACUACAGCAAUCCCGAAGGUGGGGCUGUAAUCAAAAAUUAUCAAAGUGACUCGCAUGGUGGAUCCUACCGUUACGGAUACGAAACUUCCAACGGGAUUAGUGCACAGGAACAAGGCGUUGGAGGACAUCACGCUGCUGGGGGUUUCUCCUAUAUUUCACCUGAAGGCAUCCCAAUUUCAUUAUCCUACACAGCCGAUGAACAUGGUUUCCAUCCAGAAGGUGCUCACUUACCUGUUCCACCACCAAUUCCAGAAGCAAUCCUGAGAUCUUUGGAAUAUAACGCCGCUCAUCCAGAAGAAGAAGACCCACAUUAUGAAGAGGCUUCCCGACAUUUUUAGAUUUAGCAUUAGGAAUUGUGUGUGAAGUGGGAAAGUCAAUUGUUAUUAUAAAUAUGUUAUUUGUAGCUAGAAAACCAAUAAAAACUUCCAAUUAAUUCCGUUAA